AUGUCUGCAUUCAACAAUCACAAUCAAGACGAAACUUGGGACACCAUUAUCGAUUUCGAGAAUGACAAUCCGUUCCAGCAAAGCGAUGACAACAGCGACGAGGAUGAUGAAGACAACGAAUCAGACUACUCGCUUGACUAUGAGUUUCCUGGACCUCGCUAUGCCAAUUACAGACAUCAUAACGGUGAUGCUGCCUCUGAGCUCUCGGACACAGAAUCAGACACAAGUACACCGAGAUUUGAUAUGUGGGAUGACGAUCCUUACAACGACUUUACUUGGGAAUCGAAUGACAUGCAACUGACGAGAUUCAUCAAGAAGAAGCAGAGACAGCUAAAGCGAGACAACAGAGACAAAAGUAGCUUCUGGAACAAACAAAAGGGGUGGCCCAAGCAGCUGCCUUUUUCUUGUUCUUCCUCCAACCACGAUCAAUCUGCGAAUGCAAUAUGUCUUGUCGAGUCAAAUUACGGAUUAUCAGAAUUUCUGUAUGCGGUGUAUCGGGAUAGAAUUGUCGAAUGUGGCAAACCGCCUUCCACUAUGCGCACAUCGGCUAAAGUUAAUGCCAUGCAUGAUCGAAACCACACUACACUCAUAGAGAGCAGUAAUCAGCAUCUACCAGCAAGCAGCACUGCGUCUCAUAGCAGCGAUAAAUUCAUGGACACACAUCAAUCUGUGUCUCUAUCAAAAUCGAGCCAACAGCAGCAGCAGCAACAGCAGAUCGACAUGCAGCAACAGGAAGCAUCCGCAGAUCAAACAUCGCACCCAUUUUCUUCUGAAAGCUUGAUUUCCAAAUUUAAACCGUACACCAAAUACCUGAAAAGGAGCGAUUAUCCAGGCAGUCUACCCGAGGACGCUUAUCUCUACCUUGGCUUUGAUCCGCAAUGUCUGGCCCACAAGUAUGGUUACAUGGCCAUUGGUGGCGUGGAAGGGGAAUUCGAGCUGUAUUGUUGUAUGAAUCCAGAGAACCCUGUCAAGAUCUGGGGCACAAAGUUCAAAGGAAGAGACAAUGUGAUGCUCAUGACCAAUGCGAUACAGAUCAUUCGAUUCAAGAGCCCAGUUACUGGCAGCUACCAGCACAUGCUGAUAGGCUGUAUGAACGAGGCAGGCCUCUUGUUUUACCAGCUUCCGGCACACAGCCAAUGUCGAGACAUUCGUACGCUCAGACAGCACGCAUCGCCCAUGGUGGUUCAACUGCACAGCCAUCUCAGAGCAUUCAACGGUGUGCCAAUCAAUGAUGCCAAACUGAGCCCGGACGAAAGCAAACUGGUGUGUGUGGGAGAUGACAGUGUGGUAUUUCUGAUCGAUGUAUAUCACUGUGCGACCACUGGCGACAUUACCUUUGGAUCACCAUGCCAGAUGGUAAUACCCUCCGCUCUGCUGGCUACAGCACCCUAUUCAUCCCAAUACGUGGCUUGGAGCCCUUCGUCUCGGUAUUUUGCACACACUUCAGAUUCACACAACCUGGUUUUGAUUUGGCGAGUUGCAACAAGAGAAAUUCUGUACGCAAUUGAUGCAGCAGGUUACACAUACGCUAUCUCGUUCCAUCCUCAGCUGGACACUAUUUUGGUUUUUACCAACAGGUAUGGCUACUUUCAUACUGUCGACUUUGCUAAAGGCACAACAGCAGCAACAACAUCAGAAGACAAUGACUAUAUUAAUGUGCUGUCUUUUGACCACCAAACACAUGCUUCCAGAGGACAUCAAUUCGUGGAUUCCUGCGGAGACGCAGAUUCCAAUCAUGCCGUAUUUCACACACAGCAUCUCAAAGUCCAGCACGAAAUCACCAUGGUCAGCUUUCGAGGCGAGAUCAACUCACGACUACGUAUCCUGGCCAAGAUCAAUGGCAUUGAAUGGUCCAAAGACGGCAGGUACCUCUAUGUAGCGACCAAAAAACGAGUGUUGGCCUUUCAGUUUUGCUCUGCACAGCAAUUCAUACCAGCCACAUUGAUCGAUAUCACAGGUGUUGAAAUACGGAGAUCCCUGGAGAACGAACAGCAGCUCAGACUGAACCUCAUCCCAGCGCUGGACCAGCAAGACAUAAAGCGACUGCAAGACUGGAAUCUGAUGCCAACACACAUACAAAAUAGAAUCCUAGGGAAUACUCAGCUAUUGGCAUGCCACUGGUAG